UACAGUCUUGUUUCAAGUGCAUCAAGCUGCCCUGUCGCUUCAGUAGUCGAAAUCGAAAGGAGAUGUCUUCGAUCGGUGGGAAAAAAUUGACCCAGUUACGAGUUGUUGAUCUAAGGGCUGAGCUUGAGAAACGAGGCUUAGAUAAGACCGGACUUAAAGGCGCUCUCGUUGAACGUUUGGAAAAGUCUUUACAAGAAGAAUCGAUCAAGUCUGAUAAAUCUGAGGAUGCAGCAGUUGAAAGGAAAGAUGAAACAGCUGGAACGAAAGCAAGCGAAGAAGCUACUCAGACGCCAAACGGAAAUUUAGAUGAUGGACCAGAAGUUCCUGAAGAUUUCUCUGGUUUCAUUGUGUUGGAUGGUGAUGAUAGUGAAGCUGAAAUUGAUGAUGAUGAAGAAGAAAAUGUGGAAGAAAAAAUUUCCGAAAAAUCUCUCGAGUAUGAACUUCCUUGUGAAGAUGAGGUUCCCGAAGAAAUUAAUGAAAAAAACGAAACCGUCGACGAAUCAGUCGAAGAAGCGGCGGAGGACGAGCAGACAAAGACUGAAGAAGAAAUUAAACCAAACGAAAAUCAACUGUCAUUAUCAAUGUGUGUCAACACUGAUGACGUUCAAGAUGAUUUGGAUGAAGAUCUUAAAGAAAUACAAAAGGAGAGUCCUGUUGCAGAAGAUGACUUAACUAAAGAAGACGAAGCUUUGAACUUUGAUGAAUUGGAUAACGAGAUGGAAGCUGGCGAUGAAAAUAAUGAAGAGCAUAUUGAAUUAACUGAAGAAACUAAGGAAAAAGAUGAAGAGAUGAAUGAAGAAGUGGAAGAUGAAGAAGAAGAGGAAGAUGAAAAGAUGGAAGACGAUGAUGUGGAAGAAAAAGAGGAUGCAUUAGGGGAAGAGCAAGAAAAAUCUGAAGACGUGAAAGAAGAGGAGACCGGGGGAGACUCCAUUGCUCUUGAAACAAAAACUACUGAAGAUAAAAAUGAUGAUAGCGAAUCAAAUGUUCACAAGAAAGAAGAACUUCCUGAGAAAUCCAAAGUCGCAGGGAAUGAAGACGAAAAGAAAACAGAGGAAAAGUCGGACACCAAGGACGAUGGUAAAUCCGAUUCAGUUAAAGCUGAUGGCGAAACAAAGAAAACUGCGACAGAUGCUAAGAAGAAGGAGCCUGGGAAGAGUUUGUGGGUCAGUAAUUUAUCUUCAAUGACUCGUGCCGCUGACCUCAAGACGCGAUUUUCACAGCACGGAAAGGUGGUUGGUGCAAAAAUCGUAACGAACUCAAAGGUUCCUGGCGGUCAGUGUUUUGGUCUUGUUACCAUGUCAACGAGUGAGGAGGCAGCGAAAUGUAUUCAACAUCUUCAUCGGACCGAAAUGCAUGGCCGAAACAUCACAGUUGACAGGGCCAAAGGGGAUCGUCUACCAAUAACGACUUCUGGAGCUGCUACAAAAAAAACCUUAGGUAAAAAAGUUGCGGCGAAACCUGCUGAAGAUAAAGAAGAGAAAACAGCGGAGACUAAGUCUGAGGAUAAACCAACGGAUGAUAAAACUGGAAAAGAGAGUAGCGCAAAAAGCAAAGCAGAGAGCGGCGGAAAAUCUGCAAAACCAGACAGUUCCAAGAAAGACAAACAUUCGCGUCGACGCUCAAGUCCGGCUAUCAAAUCCCUUGAAGACGUGAGACGCGAGAAGCGAGAACGUCAACAACGCGAACGUAGAGAACGUGAACGUCGUGAACGCCUACGUCGGGAACGCGAACGUGCUAUACGCGUGAAAGUGUUAGAGCGACAACGAAGAGAACGCGAGAGAGAACGACGACGCCUGCAGAUAUUGCGUGAAAGAGAAGAAAGUGAACGCCAAGAGCGUCUUAGGCUCGAGCGUGAACGUGCCCGUCAACGUGAAAUGGAACGUGAACGCGAGAGGGAAAGACAAGAACGGGAACGUAUGAAAAUCAUUCAAGAGCGGCAGAUACGUGAAGAACGAGAAAAGUUGCAACGCGAACGUGAAAGGUUGGAACGUGAACGUCUUCUACGCAUGGAACGCGAACGACUUGACAGACAACGUGUUGAAGAACGUCGUGGCGUUAAAAGAGGAGCCGAUCCGUAUGCACGUGAGAAAUCUCCCGCUCGUGGUCCCGGUUUUUGGCCUGAUAGCAAGAGACCUGCAGCUGAUAGAGAUGUUGCAAGUCGGGAAUUCUUCAGUGGAGCAACGCACAAGGAUCGCAGCAGCCGUGAUUUGUCUGAUUCAAGAGCUCCUCCUGGUAGGGAACGUCGUGGUGAUGUUCGUGCUGCUCAUGUAGAUCCUCGUGCUAGUCAUUCAUCACGUGACGAGGCUCGUGAUGAACACAGGCGUGCGGAGAGAGCAACUGAUGGCAGAUCCAGUCGUGACCGGAGGGGAAGCUGGGAGCAUGGUACUGAAAAUGGUGAAUCUCAGAAAGGACUCUCAAUGUUGUUACAGCGUGCUGGUGUCACGGGUGUUCUUGGUAGUGACGCAGGGGCUCGUUCUGGUCUAUCAAAACCCAUACCACAAUCUGCUGGAGGUUCUUCCAGCCGUGAAAGGAUGGGGGAAAGUUGGCAUGAUCGUAGUGGUGGUCGGGCUGUGAUGUCAUCACACAGCAUGGCUGCCACUGGGAGUUCUUCCUCGCGUGUUGGUCGCGCAAUGGUCAGUGAUGCUGCAAGGGGAUGGCCUGUAGAGAAAGAGCGUGACAGAGGUCGGGAACGUGCUCGUAGCAUGGCCACUCGCGAGAUGUCACGUUCAGCAUGGGGAACAUCUGCAAGUGCAUCAAUGAUGGCGCAAUCUGUCGAUCGUCGCACGGUGAUUCCCCCAGGUCGUAGUUCCAUUAUCCCUCCAAGAAUGGUGAGUCAUCAUUCUGGUCCUGGAGCAAUGACAGUCGCUGUUAUGGACAGUCGACGUGCUGUGGCAAUGUCUGGACGAAGUGAUCCUUUUCGAGGUGCAACCAUGCCUUCCAUCCCGCGAAGUGGAACAAUGAGACGUUACUAGAAACACUUAAAAAGAUAAAAUAAAAAUCACGCUUUGUCAGCUCUUGGUCUUCUUUCGCUGUUGAGCCCGCGGUCGGCUUGGAUGAAUGGUCAUGAUGUUUCAGUUGAACUAAGUGUGUUUUCCUCCAUGAGUUGAUGAUGAAUUUUCAUCUAUCAAGUUGCUUGACGAUGUAAACUUUAUUUAGCUUGAUAUUAUUCUCGUACUUAUUUAAUUCAAUUCGGUGUUUUCUUUAGAAGGAAAUCUGAAAAGUUUUUUUUAUAGACGAAAUGCUUUUAAAAUUUUUAAGAUAUUAGUCUGUAACUUCAUUUUUCUCUUUAACGUCAUUGUCAUAAUCAUGCAUGCAUUUUUUAUAAGACUCAAGACUGUAGUACUGGAAUAAAUAGUGCGUGAACCAGAA